AUUUUUUCAGUGUUUUUACAUACCUUGGAUUUUUUAAAAACAUAUUGAAUAUAGGUUAACUUCUGGUGACCAGAUUGCCAAGAAAAAUGUCUGAGGUCCAGCUGCUCUUCUUUGACACAUUCGCACAUGACUCUGGCACUGACUUGAACCUCGACCUGGUCAAAUUCAACCGAGAGGUGUACAUCAGUGAGGUUCGCGUCAUCCCGCUGGGGGCGCGGGUGCGAGCCGAUUUCCCCGGCGGCGACCGCCUCGGGGCCACCAACCCAUCCGAGUUCACGCUCGACUUUUUCGUCAACGAUCUCAGCAAGCCAGGAGUGUCAGCAUUCCAGAAACUGGGUACCAUCAACUAUGACCAGAAGGGAAAGAUUCAACUGGAGUUUAAUAACAAAACUCCGACGGACGGGCUGGUGCUGCGCGGCUGGUACAGCGCCGUCACACUGGCCGUGUACGGCUCGCUGACGCGGCGCUCCGAGCCAGCGCCGCCGCCGCAGCAGCAGCCCCUGGCGGCCGCCGCCGACACAGCCGUCACCGACUGCCAGCAGGAGGAGCCGGCCGCGCCCGAGCCGGUGCGGCCGGCUCCGGCGGUGCCGGCCACCCCGCCGCCGCCGCCCGUCCAGGUCAGCCCGCCGCCCGUACAGACGGAGCCGGAGCGCGCCGUCUCCCGUACACCGCCCAGGUCACCGCCGGCCGACCAGCGAGGCCCACCGCCGGCGCCCGCCUCACCGUCUGCGCACAAAGCCGGUGGCGCCCAGGAGGAGUCGCUGCACCCGCUCUCCCCGGGCGAUGUGGAGGCCAUCAGCGACGACGAGAUCCCGGAGCCGGCGGAGCGGCCGGCGUCCGGUGACGACAGCGCGCCGCCGGCCGCCGAGCCGCCGAGCCCGCCCGCGCCGCCGCCGCCGGCACCUGCCGCCGAGACGGCCACACCGCCGCCGCCGCCGGAGCCGGGCGACGCCGGCCUGGAGGACAUCAUGUCAGACGAGGAGCCGAUGGACGUGCUCGAGUACCAGGACGACGAGGACUGGGAGGAGGCGCUGCGGCCCUUCAACCCGGACACCUUUCAGCUGCUGCCACUCACGGGUCUGCGGCCGCCGUGGUUGACGCCGUUCGAGCUCGCCCAGCUGGGUGAGGAGAAGUCGGAGUGGUGUGACCGCCUGGCGCAGCUGGCGGCCGCCUACGGCGAGCAGUGGCGGCCGGCCGCCGGCGGAGACGGCUCCGAGGCCUGGCUCGAGGAGAUGGAGACGCUGGCGCCGCACCUGCCGGCCGCGCUCGGACAGCUGAUGGCGCGCGGCGGCGACGACCCGGUGCCGGCCGUGCUCGGCUGGCUGGAGCACGGCCUCGACUUCGAGGCGGCCGUGCGCCAGCAGCAGCUGCCGUUCAAGCUGCGCCACAUCAAGGUGGGCGUCCGGCUGGCGGCGGCGCUGCUCGGCUGUGACUCGGCGCUGGCCGAGCGGCUGGUGGCGCGCGGUGUGCUCGACAGGCUGGCGGAGCUCUCCGAGAGGGAGCACAUGGCCGCCUCGGUCCGACUGCUGGUGGUGUCGGCACUCUCCACGGCCGUCCGCUGGCAGACCGGACUGCAGGGCUUUGUCAGUGGCGAGCCGUCCGGCUACAGCCGAAUGGUGGCUCAGCUAGCGGGAAAAAUGUCCGCCAGACUGAAGGCUGCCUACAUCUGCCUGAUCAGAAAGGUGCACGUCCGCCGGACCGUCUCCGAGCUAUGUUCCGUGGCCAGUGAGCUGGGCACCGCCGAGCUCUCCACGGACUCGGCAGUCAACACUGCCGACCUCCUGCUCCGUGCAGAGGCCUGUCUCAUACAGGUGAGCCGGCUGCUGCGCUCGGCCGACUCACUGCUGGGCCACCCGGAGCGGGCUCUGCCCACACCGGUGGCCGUGCUGCCGGCGACUCCAGCCGGCCGGGCGCGCGCCGACCUCUGCUACAUGCUGCGCUGGUCGGGCCUGCCCGAGGCGCUGCUGGUGCUGCUGCAGACGCCCGCCUGCCUGGCCAGCUCGCGGCUGGUGGGCGCCGCCAGACACCUGCUGAACGAGCUGGGGUCCUCCAGCGAGUCUCUGCUGCUGCUGGCGGUGGCCGCCGAGCCGGUGGCCCCCCUGCUGCGGACGCUCACCCAGCUGACUCCGCUGGAGGAGGGCGGGGAGGAGGUGGCGCCCCUGUACCCGGCCGCCACCUGGCUGAUCCACUGUUUGCAGGCCGUUCAGCUGCUGGGGGCCCUGCGCGCCGCGCGAAACGACCCGGCCAAACAGGUGUCCGCGCUGCACGCGCUGGCCUCCCUGUGUGGCAGUGUGCGCGGCCGCGCCGCCGUGGUACACGUGCUGAGCCGCUCGGACCUGGCCUGGCCGCUGGUCGAGCUGCUGUCGGAGGCCGAACGCGGCUCGGCGGCGGCCGAGUACUGCGCGGAGCUGCUGCUGACGGCGGCGCGCGGCGCCGACUCGCUGCCGUGCGCCGCGCGGCUGGCGCAGAAGGCGCGCGCCGAGCCAGAGCUGGCUGAGCGGCUGGGCGCCGCGCUGGACUGGGUGGCGCCGCUGGCGGAGGUGGCCGCGCGGCCCGACCGGGUGGCGGCGCUGUGCCAGCUGCUGCGCGAGCACGCCGAGCGCGCCGGCCCCCUGCCGCCGCCGCUGGUGACGGCGCUGCGCCAGCUGGCGGCCGCCGCCGUACCGGGGGAGGCGGCGGCGCCGGACGGCGGCCGGGCCGGCCGCGAGCUGCGCCACCGGUACGCGCUGACGCAGCUGUACUCGGCCGACGGUAUGGAGCUGACUGUGACGGUGCUGCGCCGGGUGACGGAGGCCUACAGCCAGCCGGCGGUGCACUCGCCGGCGCUGGCCGGAUCCCAGGGCCUGGCGCUGUGUAACCUGCUGCGGCCGGCUGUGGCGCUGCUGCACCAGCUGCUGGCCCUGGUGGUGGAGGCGCGCGGCGCAGAGUUCCAGGACCUGACGGCCGUCUCGCCGCUGGUGGACACCUACCUGCUGUUGUGGGCGGUGCCGGCCGGCAGUGCCGCCGCCGACGCCGCGCAGGCCGUCCAGCGCGAGGUGUUGUCGGCGCUGCUGACGUUCACCCAGCCGGUGGUGGCCGUCACCUCGGAGGCGGCCAUCCAGCAGAGCGUCUGGACGCGCAUGGUGUCUGAGGUGCUGGAGGCGGCGGUGCGCGCGCCGCACACGCUGCUGCCCUGUCUGGGCCUGCUGUCGGAGCUGCUGCCGCUGCCGCUGCCGCUGCAGACGGGCCGCCCGCUGACCGAGGCCGAGUCGGCGGCCGCCCUGGAGCUGCGCCGACUGUGGGCGGCCCACCUGCUCACCACCGGGCACCAGGUGCGCUCGCUGGCGGCGCUGUUGUGCCAGACCAGCUGCGCGCCGCUGCUGCAGGCGGCGCGCAGCUUCCUGGUGCAGCUGGCCGACCUGUCGUCCACGGCCGCGCAGCUGGUCACCUCGGCGCUGCUGCACGCCGUCCAGGGCACGCUCAGCUCGCCGCCGGGCGGCCUGGCGCGCGCGCUCAGCCUGCUGGCCGGCCUGGUGACGCACCCGUCCAUCAAGGCGGCGGCGCUGGGACUGCUGGCCAGCCAGCCGGCGCACGCGCCGCUGCUGGGCCGGCUGCUGUCGCUGCUGACGGCACGGCCGGCCGGCCUGGCCAGCGGCGAGCACCUACAGGCGCAGGAGUGGCUCGUGUCGGCGCUGCACGCGCUCUGCGACCACGAGGUGGCCAUGGUAGCCGACCGCGACCGGGAGGAGGCCGGCGCGCUGCCGCCGCCGCCGCUGCUGGCCGCCAUCACGGACGCGCUCAUGGCGCACCUGGCCUGUCCCGAGACCGGCUUCGGGUCGCUGCUGCUCGCCGUUCGCACCCUGGUCAUACUCACCGAACACAAAUGGGGCAUUCACCGCAUCAAAACCGGGCUGGCGCACCAGCCGGGCUGUCUGCAGUCGCUCAUCAGCCGUCUGUCGGCCGAGUUCAGUCGUCAGAACAGCGACUGUAUGGCCACCGUGCAGGCCACGCUCGAGCUGGUGCGUCUGCUGGCCGAGCCGCAGUCGGCGGCGGCGCUCAGCCUGCCCCAGCUGGCCGCCGCGCUACGCUGGACCGAACAGGGCGAGGAGGCCGGCGAGCUGGUCGACCCGCCGCUGCGCGUCCUCGAGAGGAAAAUACACCAGGAGGUGCGCGGCGAGGACGAGGAGCUGGACGCGCUGCGGGACGGCCUGGCCGACGUGAUCCGACAGCUGGCCGGCGUGGACGAGGUGGCCGACAGCGUGGAGCCGGGCGAGCCGCCGCCCGAGGGCCGGCCGCCGCCGUCACUCGACCAGCUCUACCAGCAGCGGCCCGUGUUCGUGGUCACUGACGACGAGGAGAUCCCCGGCUACUGGCUGCAGCAGUCGCUCGACGACGAGCUGGACAACGACGACGAGCUGGUGAGCGUCAACCUGGCUGCGGUGGCCCGGGAGCUGCUGCCGGCGGUGGACCUGCCCGCCGAGCUCAGCAGACUGCUGCGCGGCCGCGACACCGCCGACGCCCGGCCCAGCGGCAAGGUGCCGUCGGCCCUGCUGCCAGGCGCCAGGGAGCGCGGACACUUCAGUCUGCCGGCGCGCGGCCGGGGCUUCAACCGGCCGCUGGCUCGCGGUGACCACUUCCGCUCUCGGCCGCCCAACACGUCCCGGCCUCCCUCGCUGCACGUGGACGACUUCGUGGCGCUGGAGAAGCGCGGCGAACACCCCACCGGGCCGACGGGCUACAAUGGGGUGCCGCGCGUGCCCGCCCGCGGACGGGGCUCGAACCGGUCACGGGCCAGGUCCCGCGGAGGGUUCGGCGACCGGGCGCGCGGAGGAUUUUCAGAGUUCCGCGGCGGUCGCAACAGAGGAGGCGGCGGCGGUCCGUCUGCCCGCGGCGGUGGUGGAGGCGGCGGCGGCGGCGGCGGCGGAGACAGCUACCGGGGCAGUCCGGCGCGGUUCCGUCCUGACGGCCGCCACGAGGAGCGGUUCGGCUGCGCGGUGGGCAACAGUGGGUUCCGCGGCGGCCGGCGCGGCGGCGGCGGCGGGGGCAAUGGACCCUACGGCGGCAGAUUCGAUAAGAGAGAACGAUUCGGAUUUGGUCGUGAGCGCGGAGGGAAACAUUUCCGGCCGUUCGGUAGGUAGAUGUUGUAACUGUCCGCGCACGAUCGUGAUUUGUGUUGAAUCGGGGCCCAGAGAUUCAGCAGCUGGUGAUUCAGCUGGCUGGCGCCAUUUUGACUCAGUGGUGAGGCUCUGGGCUGAAAAUAUUGUGUCACUGUGUCAGGUGUCUUGCCUGUGAAAGCAAUUACUUUAUUGUUCACGAGAAUACAUGUUUUGUAGCAUAUGAUGGUACACGCUCGUUUGUGGUUGUCACAUGUUUUGACACCCAAUCAUUUGCUUGGAAGUCAGCGCGAUGUGUUCAGUUAUGGAAAGCUGUCCAGGUACGAAUAAUGCCAGCAAAGUUUUU